UAAAAAUCCUCCGUCAAGCAGGAUUUCCUCUCAUGUCUAUAGGCAGCUCUGUGUCAGAGCGGAAACUUAGUAAUGAGUCGAUCAAAGUGGCAAGCAACACUCGAUUUCGCGAAUUGGACCAAAGCAGUUACUAUAUCGUUCCACAGCCUGCUUAUCCGAACAAUGAUCGAGAACGUGUUGACCUCUAGGUACCCCAUCAUCAGCGGCACUAGGCAUUUUAGCGCCAUGCUCCACGCAGAAACGCCAGCCAGCUUCUUUCUCCUCAUCAUCAACCACAGCCCUAACAAAGCUCCUAACCAGUGCCCUCUCGAGUAUAGUGUGGAUUCCAGACCAUUUCGGCGUCGUCACUGUAUCUUGCAAUUUGUUGCUCGAAGGGUGGGAGGUAUCUUAUCUUCUAAGGGGAGGGGUGUACAGGGGGGUUUGGAAACAGGUACGCCUGCAAGCCCGUCUUUUCUCGAUCGCUCUGUGGAUAAGUCGAAUGUUAGGCAUGACUGAUCUAACUGCGCGUAGUCAGCGUGUAUCUCCUCCAACAUCUGCUGUAGGUUGGAACGGUCCGUCCUCUAUAAUCUAACGGGAGAGGAAGUGUGAUUCGGAACAGUUCAGGCGAGUCCUGUGUCCACGUUGUUAUUCAAUGGUGGCGGCGUAGUCAUCGACUGGCACCUCAACGGAGGUGUCCUAGGAACGUGGUGAAUGGAGAUGGUUGACAAGCCGGGAACAAGAGACAGGCCCGACCAUGACUUUUAGCUGUUCAAGAUACUGCACAUAUUCUCACCCCAAAGGGCCAUGGAGAUGUCCAAAUACCAUACUGGGGUAGGCCCCCGGGCCGCUAUGAGGAGAAAAUGAGGUAUGGUAGUCGAGUCGAGGCGAGUAUCUUAUAGGCUCAGUCUGCUUCGUGUGCUUGAACAUAGCUGGAAGGAAGUUCUGUCUGGCGGAAUCUCGAAGUAGCGCAACAUUAACGACGCAGGAAAUAGUUAUGUGAUUCUCAAGAAAAGAUGUGAUAAUCAAGGAAGAUGGAGGAAUGGAGCCUUGAAAAGGUGCGUUUGACGCAGACGUAUAUCUGGCGGUAGAGACCGAUAUCGGAGCCGCCCAGCCCAAUCAACAGCCGGGAUUGGCCCACCUCAACGCGCCCUUCUGGUGAUCCAUCUUGACAUCUGAAGACGCAACACGCCCUAUCAAUUAUUAUUGAACUCAGGAGUAUCAUAGAGUAUUGGAGAUGAUAAACAUUUCCCCGGGUAUGUUGUUGUUUUAAUCUAUGCAUUUCAGUAUUCAUAUAUAUCUAUUUGUUAUGAUAUGGUUGGUAAAAAGUAACUGUGCAAAAAAACAGCACUUCUUUUCAGGUGAUAAAUUAA